AGCGAGAGAGGAGAGUGAUGGCGUCAAUGUCUCUCUCGUUUUCAUCUUCGCUAUGCUCAUCUCGAAUCCCCGAAUCAAAACGCAGCUUCCACCAAAGAGAAACAACCUUCGUGCGAUGCGUUCUCGCCGCUUCUAAAUCUCCCCCCACGAAGAAGAGACUCUGGAAAGAAGGAGAGUUCCCCGGAAUCACAGAGCCUGCUAACCCUAAAAGAACUCCGAUGAAGAAUGUGAAGAAGAAAUUAGAUAGAAGAAGCAAAGCCAACGGGUGGGUUAACACCGUAACGGAAACUUUAUCGGAUCUAAUCGCUAAAAAGCAAUGGCUACAAGCUCUCGAGGUGUUUGAGAUGUUGAAGGAACAACCAUUUUAUCAACCAAAGGAAGGAACUUACAUGAAGCUGAUUGUUCUUUUGGGGAAAUCUGGACAACCAAUUCGUGCACAGAAGGUGUUCGACGAAAUGCUUGAAGAAGGGAUUGAACCAACUGCUGAGCUCUACACUGCUUUACUCGGUGCUUACACUCGUAGCAACCUUAUAGAAGAGGCUUUUACAGUUCUUGAACGAAUGAAAACGUUGCCUCAGUGUCAACCUGAUGUUUAUACGUACAGUACUCUGCUUAAGGUCUGUGUGGACGCGUCUCUGUUUGAUUUGGUUGAGUCUUUGUAUAGAGAGAUGGAUGAGCGUUUGAUUACUCCAAACACUGUGACUCAGAACAUUGUUUUGAGUGGGUAUGGGAGAGUUGGUAGGUUUGAUCAGAUGGAGAAAGUUUUGUCUGAUAUGCUUGUGAGUACUGAGUGUAAGCCUGAUGUGUGGACGAUGAAUAUUAUUCUUAGUGUGUUUGGGAACAUGGGGAAGAUUGAUAUGAUGGAGAGCUGGUAUGAGAAGUUCAGGAACUUUGGGAUUGAGCCGGAGACUCGGAGUUUUAAUAUCUUGAUUGGUGCUUAUGGGAAGAAGAGGAUGUAUGAUAAGAUGUCGUCCGUGAUGGAGUACAUGAGAAAGCUUGAGUUUCCGUGGACAACGUCUACUUACAAUAACAUCAUUGAGGCCUUUGCGGAUGUGGGUGAUGCGAAGAACAUGGAGUAUACGUUUGAUCAGAUGCGUAGUGAAGGUAUGAAAGCAGACACAAAGACGUUUUGUUGUCUCAUAAAUGGAUAUGCCAACGCUGGUCUUUUCCAUAAGGUGAUAAGUAGUGUUCAGUUGGCUGCGAAGUUUGAGAUACCUGAGAACACUUCUUUUUACAACGCGGUUAUAUCAGCGUGUGCCAAAGCUGAUGAUUUGAUAGAGAUGGAGAGAGUGUACACGAGGAUGAAGGAGAGGGAAUGUGUGCGUGAUUCAAGAACGUUUGAGAUCAUGGUGGAGGCGUAUGAGAAGGAAGGUAUGAAUGAUAAGAUUUAUUACUUGGAACAAGAGAGGCAAAAGGUUAUGGAUCAUCAUGCUGCUGCUACUAAAGAGGAGGAGAAUCUCCCGGGAUGAUUAGAGGUUUGUGAAUCUCUACAAGGAGAGAGAGAGAUAGAGAGAGCUUUACAUUUAUGCAGUAGAAAUUAAAAGAGUUUGUAAUACACUUGGAUUGUUCUUGCAGCUAUGUGUAUAAAGCUUUUCUUGUUUUGUUAUUUGAAUGUUUUGUUAGUUAAACAUAAAGUAAUCAUUCUCUUGAGUGUUUUCUUUAUGGGCCAUAAAAUUAUAUUUUAGGCCCUUUUUAUAUAAGGUCUAGAAAAGCCCAG